UCUAGUAAGAAGCCAUAUUGGAUAAGACCGACCGAGUCGCAGCUAGCUCUACUCAGGGAGCUCAGGAGCCAAUUUUAAAAAUCUCUUUUUCUGCUGAUACGCCUUCAUUAACAUUGCAAUGGCUGCCACCGACUUAGACAUUUUAGCCAGUGAAGGGAUGAGGAGUCUCUGUCUGGGCGGCCAUGUUGGCUUUGACAGUCUUCCUGACCAGCUGGUCAGCAAAUCGGUGUCCCAGGGAUUCUGUUUCAAUAUCCUGUGUGUAGGUGAGACUGGCAUUGGGAAGUCCACAUUAAUGAACACUCUCUUCAACACCACGUUUGAGAAUGAGGAGGCCAGUCACUACAUGGACGGGGUGCUGCUUCGACCCAGGACUUAUGACCUCCAGGAGAGCAGUGUCGACCUUAAACUGACGAUCGUGGACACUGUAGGAUUUGGAGAUCAAAUAAACAAGGAAGAAAGCUAUAAACCCAUUGUGGACUACAUUGACACACAGUUUGAAAACUACCUUCAGGAGGAACUGAAAAUAAGGCGCUCCCUCUUCAACUACCAUGACACUAGGAUCCACGUUUGUUUAUAUUUCAUUGCACCCACGGGACAUUCACUGAAGUCACUGGAUUUGGUCACCAUGAAAAAGCUGGACAGUAAGGUAAACAUUAUCCCCAUCAUUGCAAAAGCCGACACCAUAUCCAAGAGUGAGCUUCACAAGUUCAAGAUCAAGGUGAUGAGCGAGCUGGUUAGCAACGGCGUUCAGAUCUACCAGUUCCCUGCAGAAGACGAGGCUAUUGCAGAGAUCAACUCCUCUAUGAAUGCUCAUCUGCCCUUUGCAGUGGUGGGGAGCAGCGAGGAGGUGAAAGUGGGAAACAAAAUGGUGAGAGCCAGACAGUACCCAUGGGGAGUAGUACAGGUUGAAAACGAGAGCCACUGUGAUUUUGUGCGGCUGCGUGAGAUGUUGAUCCGGGUCAACAUGGAGGACCUGAGGGAGCAGACGCACGCCCGCCACUACGAGCUCUACCGCCGCUGCAAGCUGGAGGAGAUGGGCUUUAAGGACACAGACCCCGACAACGAGCCCUUCAGUCUCCAGGAAACGUACGAGGCCAAGAGGAAAGAGUUCCUCGGCGACCUGCAGCACAAGGAAGAGGGCAUGAGACAGAUGUUCGUAAACAGGGUGAAGGUGACCGAGGCAGAGCUGAAAGAGAAGGAGAGAGAGCUGCACGACAGGUUUGAGCUGCUGAAGCGCACCCACCAGGAGGAGAAGAGGAGCGUGGAGGAGAAGAGGAGAGACCUGGAGGAGGACAUGAACUCCUUCAACCGCAGGAAGGUGGCGGCCGAGACGCUGCAGGGCCAAGCAUUCCAGGGCUCCGCACAGCUCUCCAUCAAAAAGGACAAGGACAAGAAGAAUUGAUUUCCAUCCGCACAGCAACCAAGAGCAUCCAGGGAUUUGUCUUCCAUCUCCAUAGCAACACAAGCAUAUGUGUGUGCAUGUGUAUGGUGUGUGCGCGCGUCCGGUGUGUGUGUGUGCGUGUGCGUGUGCGUGUGCAUGUGUGUGUGCGUGUGUGUGUGUGUGUGUUUUGCGUUGUGUUGCCUUUUUUUACCAUUCCAUGUCAUCCAGUCUUUGGAGAGCAGUGCUGUUACAAAUACACGCCAAGAGUAGGUAUUCUCCAGCGGAUAGCCACAUGUCAAUCAACACUCCCCCCUCAUGUGAUUGGACGAGGGUGAGGGGCAAGGGUUGUUUCGAUCUGGCUAACAAUGUUGUCAUGGUGAAUGCACUCACCAGAGGGCAUCAAACACGUAGACUUAACAGGAUCAGACGAAGCAUUUAUUAUUCCACUGAUGACGUUAACAUGACGCGAUGUGUCAAAUGUCUGUUGAUGAAAACAAGUAUGGAUGCAUACAAUGUGAACUUGAAAAGCUGAUGAUUAAUAUAAAAUAUGUUGAUAGUGUCUUACAAUGAAUUAUUUAAUAACACUGUUUGUCUUGUUUUUUUUUUCAUUCUAAAUAGUUUUAUACAAAACCAGAUAUGCAUUUUGAUACAUUGGACUGUUUGUGGGAGUGAACUAAACUGUGGAAUUGACAACCUGUUUCCAGACAGGACUAAAACAGUUAGGGCUUACAUUUACAAACAUUUACUUAAUACUAAGCAAUAGAACCUCCUGUAGCUUUCAUUUGUACUUAAAUAAAACAAACAAAAAACACUGCAACAAUA